UUUCUCUCUCGGAACCGCAUUAACUCGCUCGUGACUUGUAUAAAACACAUACCCAAGCAGUCUCAAAUUACGCACAAAUGCCCAAACGAAGCUCAUCAGGCUACUUGUCCGUCCCUUCAAAGAAGCGGAGGCGCCUUGCAGGGGAUUUUGCUGCGUUCAACCCAGAGUAUGACGUUGCGAACUCCCAAGCCCCCGCCACGGACUCCAUUAUCAAUGCGACUUCAGUGUCAACUCGUCCACCCCAGAGAAGGCGCGCUGCGACGCCUUCUUUAGCUAGCCUAGCGUCGAAACGCUUUGCCUUCUAUUUCUCAACACUCUUAGGGAGUGAAGAAAACCAGAGGCAUGCCGCACAGUAUCUGCGAAUCCUCCCAGACACCAUUCUCGCGCGCCUCGUUGAUGAUUUGAAGAAGUACCGACCCACAUUCAUGAGCAACGGAUUUAUUUCUGCCUAUUUUCUUAGGCCGCCCUCCGUCGCACUGGAUAGCACUUUGACGGGCGUGAACAAACACACAAUAACGGGCAUUCAAAGGGCCGGAAGCCAGCUUACUUCACUUAGUUUGCGCGGUUUCGACAAGUUUUCUGACGCGACUUUCGCGUCUAUUUUUCCAAGUUUGCCAUGCUUAGAGACGUUAGUCUUGAAGGGGUGCACUAAAGUCGGCGAGCGAACGGUUGGUGCUAUCACAAAAUCGUGUCAUCAGCUCCGUGUUGUAAAUUUGAAUCACACGACGCCCACCGCUGCAUCUCUUGGUCGAUUACUUGUCUCGUGUAAGAAACUGGAAGUGUUUAAGAUUGCUGCAGUUCCUAAAAUUGCAAGUGAUUUGCCGAAUCGGUUCUUGAUAUAUGAUGACUGGCGGCUUUUUCAGACUCCUCAGUUUCUUGCCUCCCUCGCUAGAAGCGAACCGGGCAUUGUUUCAACCUGUCUCACAUCUUUAAAGCUCCGUUACAUCGCGACUCCGGAUCUUCCACUCAUUUCACUGUUAGGGCAUUUUCCAGCCCUUCGUCGAUUGGACGCAUCAUUCACUAAAGUGACGUCAUUGUCUCCCAGUCGCUUUUUAGAGCAUCCAAUUCGGCCGCUUUCGCUACCGGAUUUGGAGAAGUUGAACUUGACAGCGAUCCCGUUGAAACCCGGAUCUGCAGGCUUGGUGCAUUUCGUUGCCAACUUUCCUUCCCUUCGUACGUUAUCGAUUGGUGGAAUAGGGGGCCAGGAAAACCCUACUAUCUUGAGGGAUCGUGAUCUCGCGCUCCUUACCUCACGACUCUCCGGUGAAUCCAGUAACGCGUGGCCACCUGUACGCGUUCCGUUAGAGAACGUGAAUCUGGCGGGGAAUAGCCGCCUUGAGGGGCCAGCCUUGCAGUAUUUCGUGAGGAAGCUUGGACGAUACUGUCGAGAACUCAACCUUGCAUCUCUUAAGGGAGUUACGUCUGAUACCUUAGAAGGACUGUUGCCUCAGCCGGAUACUCCACCCCCUCAUGCACGGAUCGCUAGCGAAAAUGAUGCCUAUCCGGAAGAAUGGGAUGACAACACCUCAUGCCUCGAACAUCUGAAUUUGGCCAGUACAUCUGUAGAUGACGGAGCAGUCCCGUUCAUCUCGUCUUGCAGACGGCUGAGGUCCCUCAACAUAUCAAAGACGAAGAUAUCUAGUGAGAUUACAGCCCCCCGACUUUGCUUGGUGUGACUAACUGCUUUCCGCAGGCGAUGCCUUGAAGGAAAUCAUUGAUGCAUGCCCACUUUUGAACACUUUGGAUCUCACCUCUUGCAGGGGGAUACCACUCAUGGAUCGUCGAAGAUUCUUUGGGAUUUGGCAGGAGGAUCGAGGGUCCUAAGAACGUUGAAAAGUUUUGAUAUCUUCUGACCGGAAAU